CAGCCCUGAACUCUGGAGCCGGGCUCAAUUGUUAUCGCAUACAUUUAAGGUAAACAAAAGAAAACUUGGAUUUGCUCCAUGAUCAGCUCAACUCCCCUGAUCGCGCUAAUCCUUGCGUGGGUGUGCCUGCGACACGGCGCCACCGAGAAGUUGCCCAACAUCCUGUUGAUCCUGUCCGAUGACCAGGAUGUGGAGCUGCGCGGCAUGUUUCCCAUGGAGCAGACGAUCCAGCUGCUGGGCUUCGGCGGUGCCCUGUUCCACAACGCCUUCACGCCCACGCCCAUUUGCUGUCCGGCGCGGACGAGUCUGCUGAGUGGAAUGUAUGCUCACAACCACGGCACAAGGAACAACUCGGUCAGCGGUGGAUGCUAUGGGCCGCACUGGCGGAGGGUCCUGGAGCCCCGCGCCCUGCCGCACAUCCUGCAGCAGCAGGGCUACAACACCUUCUUCGGUGGCAAGUACCUGAAUCAGUACUGGGGCGCCGGCGAUGUGCCCAAGGGAUGGAAUCACUUCUACGGGCUUCAUGGAAACUCACGCUACUACAACUACACGCUGCGCGAGAAUUCCGGGAACGUGCACUACCAGUCCACCUACCUGACCGAUCUUCUAAGGGAUCGUGCGGCGGAGUUCCUAAGAAAUGCCACCCAAUUUUCAGGUGAACCCUUCUUUGCCAUGGUGGCUCCACCGGCUGCCCAUGAACCCUUUACCCCAGCUCCGCGGCACGAGGGCGCCUUCGCACACAUAAAAGCCUUGCGCACACCCAGUUUCAACCAGGUUAAGCAGGAACUACUUGAGGCCUAUGACCUCAAUGAUCCCAAUAAAUAA